AUGGACCCGAAAAUUAUUCACAAAGUGAAGCCGUUCGACGGUCAGAGAGCGAGCUGGAAGACGUUCAGUAUCCAGUGCAAAGCCUACCUGAUCGCGCAAGACCGAAGGUAUCGACCUCUUCUCGAGAAGCGCGAAGACGGAGCGCAGGGCGUAGACAACGUGAGCCUGUCAGCCCAAGAGGAGGGGCCCAGCGCGCAGCCGUGCCUCGCCCUGUUUCCGGUCAUGCCCGAGGACUCGGUGGGCGAGAUGAUUGUGAGGAACAGCAGCGCGGGCGAAGGAGCGGCGUGCUGGAGGCAGCUGCAGAAGGAGUGCAAACCGAGCGAAGCAGGCAACGUGCCAGUGAUGUGGACCAAGCUCACGGACACGAAGUUCGAGGCAACGGACGACGUGAUGGUGGUUAUCAGCAAGCUCGACGAGGACAUGACAAGGUGCCAGAAUACGUCGGGCGAGCCCGUGUCGGACCUCAUCGAGCGAGGCAUUCUCGCCGAGGCGCUCAUGGAUCACGGCGAGUUGCAGAAGCACGUGUUUCGGAACAGCAGUCGGCUGAACGCGUGCGAGCUCCUGCGAGCCGAAGUCGUGUCGGCGCUGGCGGUGGAGCGAGCGGCCCACGACGAUCCGAUGGACAUCGGCGCCGACCUGGAGUGCAAUUACUGUCACAAGAAAGGCCACCGCAGCGCCAACUGCCGCGAUCGGAUAGCCGACGAUAAGAAUGCGGCCGCCAACCACGACAACAAGGACAAGGAGCAGCACAGAAAAGAAAAGGUCAAAGGGAAGAAGAGGGUCGCAGCAGCGGCAGUAAGAGAGCUCGAGAGUCACAGAGCCCGAAACCACGGGGCCGACUGGAAGUACACCUUGCCUUCCUACAGUGAGUUCACCUGCAGCUCUUGCAAGAAGAUGUUCAGGGGCAGAAGGUGGCACUGCCAUGAGUGCAAGCCAGACUUCUGCGGGGCGUGCGCAGAAUACUGCUUGGACAAGGCAUGCACUCGAAGUUCAACUUCUUGUUGCUGCUGUGAGUCAGCUGCGGUCGGGCCCGCGCUGCACGAGGUCGGGGGCCUGCGUGGGCAGGUGGCGGAAGACGACCGGCUGCGGUUAGCCCCGCGUCGGAAUGCCAUCAUGCUCGACUCAAGCGCGCAGAUCAGCACAGUGCCGAGGAAGCAGGUGACCAAGCACAAUUACACGCCGACGGACAGCAACGUCGUUGAGUUGAAGGGUAUCGGAGGCGAGGAGAUCGAGAGGUCCGGCCAUUGGGAGCUUAACCUGUCCCGAGGAGGAGAGGUUAUCCACGUUGGUGCGAAAAUUGCCGACGUGGAGUGCACCGUUGCGGCCGUGUGCGCGGUAGUGCAACGAGGCCAUGGCGUUCUCCAUGGCCCUGCAGGUCACUGGACCAUCGACGGCACCAUUGAGCCGCCUGGGCCGCGCGCGAAGGGCAUCGCCUAUCUUGUCGCCCCUGGUGCCCACUGUGCGUGGGAGCUCGAGCGGGCGGCGAUCCACGCUGCGUACAGGGGCCAGCGGGCGAGACAUGUGCCGAAGGUGUUGUUCGACAUCUUCUACGUUGGGACUGGCCAGCUGGCGAUCGCAGUUCAGAACGUGAUCGUUUGCAAGAUCCUGGCACGGGCGACGCAGUGUGCUAACAAAGAGUUGGGCGACGAUAAGGUGUCCUUCCUCAUGGCUGUUCUAGAGGUCUGGGGUCACGGGGCAGUUGCGCUUCAGACAGGCCAGGGGCCCGCCGCGACGGCCCUGGCAAAUGCAUUUCGAGAUCGCAGGUCUCGCUCUACAUUGGUGCAGGGAUCACCGCAUUUGACCAGGCAGAGUGCUGGCUACGCCGAGGGUGCCAACGAGCCUGCAGCAGGCUUGCUGCGGGCCUACAAGCUUGAGCUAGAGCGCAAGCUGGGGCGCGAGAUCAAGAUGACGGAUCCGAUCGCGCCUUGGCUCGUCAACUUGGUGGGCCAGAUGAUCGCCAGGUUUCAGCCGCGAAGCCAUGGGGGCCCUUCCCACGAGAUGCUGUAG